UGAAAAACACUCGUACUUUGCGCAGCAAAGAAUAUCUCAUAAAAUGCCAAGUCAAACAAUCACUUCACCAGCAGUUGAGACAAGUGCAGAGCAGGUCAAGACCGAGACAUUGUCAAUAGGGAAUAAAUCUAAAGAUAAAAUAUCGAAGCGUUUAGCAGCAGAAGCAGCGGAAACUAAGGUAUCAGCAGAAGAUGAAGAAAAUGAAAGUUCAUAUGAGUCAAGUGAAUAUUCAGAUCCGCCUAUGAAGAAACAUAAAAAAGAAAAUAGUAAUGAAGAUAGUGGAAGUGGUUCAGAAGAAGAAGAAGAAGAAGAAGAUAGCGGUUCUGAAGAAAUUGAAGAUACACAAGAAACCGAAGAGGAUUCGGAUGAAGACUUUGAAGAUGAUACAGAGUAGUUGUAAUUUUUUGUUAUAUCAUACCUUCUUAGACCUAUAUUAUCUU